AAAGUGGGCGUUUCAGGAAGAAAGUGUUUUGCAACUGCUUGUGCGGGUGUUAUAUACCUGCCAGAGCUUUUACUGCCGUAUAUCUUUGUCAGUUUUUCUCGAACAAGAAAGAAAGCGGUGUCUUUUUAAACCUUAGCGGUAGAAAAAUGGCAAAAGUUGACUUGGCUAAAGUUGGGAAAAAUGUGUUGAAGAGCUCGGACAGUGGAGAGCAAGUGGAGCUCCAGUCUCUGUGGCAGGACCAGCCGGUGGUUUUGUUCUUCCUGCGAAGGUUCGGUUGCCAGGUGUGCCGAUGGAUGGCAUCCCAGAUCAGCAAGCUGGAGCCAGACCUGAGGGCCGGUGGGGUGUCCUUGGUGGGGGUCGGACCAGAAGAGGUUGGACUGCAGGAGUUCAAGGAAGGAGGCUUUUUCAAAGGAUCUAUUUACGUCGACGACCAGAAGAAAUGUUACAAGGAUUUGGGGUUCAAACGGUACACAGCCAUUAGUGUUGUCCCUGCUGCUUUGGGGAAGAAAGUCCGGGAUAUAUCUUCAAAGGCGAGCGCUGAGGGAAUCCAGGGAAACUUCUCCGGAGAUUUGCUCCAAAGCGGAGGCAUGCUCAUCGUGGCUAAAGGUGGAGAAAAGGUGUUGCUGCACUUCAUCCAGGAUUCCCCCGGAGACUUGGUCCCUCUUGAAGACAUCUCCAAGGCUUUGGGCAUCACUUCAUCCGUCAAAGCGGGAGAGAAGCCGGUGUGUAAUGAUGAUGUCUGCACACGAUGAUAAAGAAGCCAAAAAAAUCUAACAUCAACGUAAACUGAAGUUUGAAUCCCUUCUUUUUUUUUACAGUAUCCUUAUUGCCUUUUUCUUUCAAAUGAGCAUUUUAUUUAAUAAAGAUGACAUUUGUACAUGCAA